AUGGCGCGAGAGAAGGUCCUCUACCGGGGGCACGCUUUGGCCGCGGUUGCAGCGACCAGCGCCCAUAUUGCCGAGCAGGCCUUGUCGUUAAUCGACGUUGACUAUGAAGUGCUUGGGCCGGUGCUCAACGCCGACGAUGCCAUGAAAGACGACGCUCCCAUCCUCCAUGAAAGGCUGCUGACCUUGGCCGACCCGGCAUUGCGCCCCGGGGGUUGGGGAGCGACAGACACCGAGAACGCCAGCAACGUGGCGAACCGCUUCCAGUUCACUAUGGGAGACAUAGAAAAGGGGUUCCAGGAAGCCGAUGUCAUCGUCGAUCGGGAGUUCCACACCAAGCCGGUGCACCAAGGGUACAUCGAACCACACUCGGCCACUGCGCUAUGGAGCACCGACGACUCCGUCACCAUCUGGUGCAGCAGCCAAGGCCACUUCGCAGUGCGGGACCACACUUCCCUGAUUCUCGGCGUCCCCGUUUCCCAUGUGAAAAUUGUACCCAUGGAGAUCGGCGGCGGUUUCGGCGGCAAGGGACAGGGCGGCGUGUACUUGGAACCCGUGGCAGCGGCGUUAUCCCGCAAGACCGGCCAGCCGAUGAUGAACUCCAGCUUCCUGGACUACCGUAUGCCCACCAGCCUGGACCUGCCGAUGAUCGACACGGUCAUCGUUGAAGUAGCUAACCCGGGCCACCCCUACGGCGUCCGCGGCACCGGCGAGGUGCCACUGGUGCCCCCCAUGGCGGCCAUCGCCAACGCCAUCAGCAACGCCAUCGGCGUCCGAAUGACCAGCCUGCCCAUGACGCCGGGUAGCGUGCUUGAGACGUUAUGGGAGGGAGGAAACGCCUAG